AUGUUAAUAAACUUUUACCGAUUCUUUUCCUUCUUUUUCUUUCUUUUACAUGCUAAUAAUCUUUUAUUUAUUUAUUUGUUUAUUUAUUAUUUUUUCCUUUUUUCUUCCUUUCUUUUUCAUUUUCUUUUUCUUUCAUUCUUCUUAAUUUCUUUUUUCUUUCUUUCUCUUUUCUUUCUUUUUCUUUCUCUUUCUUUUUCUUUCUUUUACUUUCUUUCUCUUUUCUUUCUUUUUACUUUCUUUCUCUUUCUUUCUUUCUCUUUUCUUUCUCUUUUCUUUCUUUCUCUUUUCUUUCUUUUUCUUUCUUUCUUUCUUUCUUUUACUUUCUUUCUUUCUCUUUUCUUUCUCUUUCUUUCUUUCUUUUUCUUUCUUUCUUUCUCUUUUCUUUCUUUCUUUCUUUCUUUCUCUUUUCUUUCUUUUACUUUCUUUAUUUCUCUUUUCUUUCUUUCUUUCUUUCUUUCUUUCUUUCUUUCUUUCUUUCUUUCUUUCUUUUCUUUCUAA